AUGGGUGGUGAUCUCAACUUGAAGAAGAGUUUCCACCCUUCCCUCAUCAAGAACCAGGCCAAGGUCUGGGAGGAGGAACGCAAAGCACUCGAUGAGCGCAAGAAGACACAACAGCGCAUCAACGAGCUCAAGGAGGAGCGCGAGCGCGAAGAACUUCAGAAGAAGCUUGAGGCUGCAGGACACACCAAACGAGUCGACCGCGUCGAGUUUCUUUACAGCGGACCUACCGAUGGACAGACCGGCACGACCGAGGAGCGCGAGAGCUACCUCUUGGGCAAGCGCCGCAUCGAUAACUUGCUCAAGGGAACGGAACACAAGAACUUGGAGAAGCAAGCUGGGCAGGAGAGCUUCAUGGCCCUGCAGACGGCCAACACAGCACGCGACACAGCAGCCAAAGUUCGAGAAGAUCCUCUGCUCGCCAUCAAGCGACAGGAGCAGGCCGCCUACGAAGCCAUGAUGAACGAUCCUAUUAGGCGCCGGCAAUUACUUGCAUCUAUGGGUAUGGCAGACGAUAAGUCCAAGUCGAAAGACAAGGAGGAGAGACACAAGAGGAGGCAUCACAGACACCGGAACGACGACAAUGAUCGGGAAAGGCAUCGCAAGAGGCGGCGAUCCUACUCAAGAUCGAGAAGCCGAAGCCCGCGCCGUCGGCGAGACGACCCCAACGAAGUAGACCGCUCUGAAAGGCGGCAUCGACGCAGCGAUUCAGAAGACAGACAUCACCAGCGCAGACGUGCUUCAAGAUCCAGGUCCCCUCGGAGACGCGAUUCUGGUGAAAGAGACGAUUAUGACAGACGCGAUCGACGUGAUAGGCGUGACGACCGCGAACGGCGGCGCCGAGACUCAGACAAGGGCGCCGAGGAGGAAAGGGCGCGCAAGUUGGCGGCGAUGCAGGCAGCCGCUUCAGAUCUCGACACGGACCGGGAGCGUCGUCUGGCUGCUCUCGAAGAACGGGAAAACGCCGUGCGACAGGCCGAUGACCAGGCAAGAGAGCGAUCGGGCAAGUUUGGCGACAGGGAGUUUGUGAAUGGUCUGCAUCGCAAGGCCGGCAACAUGAGCCUCGGGGAGAGGAUGGGCCGGGGUAGACAGGGUCUGCAGAGAGACGAUGACUGA